AUGUCAUCAGUCACUAUAGGAAAAGUACUGGGAUGGAUAAGUUUUAUCACACUUCUCCAUUCUACGUAUUCUACUUAUGAACACCUAUCAUAUCUUAAAGCUGUUGAGAAAGUUGCAAAUAAUAUGCCAAUUGAGUAUAGUAUUAGUAGCGGGUCCUUUAAAACCUAUAUUAAUGAAAAACGAAAUGGUGAAAAAGUAAAUCGAAUCUUUACAAUUUAA